GUCAUCAGUCAUAGCAAUAGCAGUUUUACAGUCGGUUGUCAUUGUCAAUUUCGAUAAAAUUCGCCUAUUCGUGUUCGUGUCCGCUAUCCACAUUAGGUGGCACACUUCAUUCGGUGUUUACUCCACGAGCCUUGAAUUUUACGUGGCAGUUGUACUAAAUAUAAGAUACGACUUCUACAGAAGCCGCCCGCGCCAGAGUUGAGAUAAAUUUAGGUUAAGCUAGAUUUUCUACCUACAAAACCUUAAAUAAAAUCUCAAUAAACAUUAAGUGUCUCAUGAGAUAUAUUUAGUACCUAUAUUGACAUGACCAGUACAGUGGAUGAUGGUGCUGAAGAUACAGCUAGAAAUUAUUUAAAAGAUGAUGCCGGUGAUGGUGAUAACUCUGAAAACAAUGGAACAGCGCCACCGGCUUCUCUGACUCAAGGCGAGGAGCAUGCUUCAGUCGUGGCGGCACAUUACAAUCACCUUGAAGAGAAGGGACUGAAGGAAAGGUUUAACUCUCCUAUAUUUUACUUGAGAAAUUUUAACAAUUGGGUGAAAAGUGUUCUUAUACAAGAAUAUACUGAUAAAAUAAGGGAAAAAGAUUAUGGAAGACCAUUAAGAGUUCUCGACAUUUGCUGUGGAAAAGGCGGUGAUUUAAGUAAAUGGCAGAAAGCUAGAGUAGAACGUGUAGUGUUUGCAGACAUUGCUGAGGUUUCAGUGCAACAGUGCCAGACGCGCUACGAAGACCUGCGGCGCCGCUGUGGGCGGCUCUUUGCCGCGGAGUUCAUCGCUGCAGACUGCACCAAAGAUACUUUGAGGGACAAGUACUGUGACCCAUCAAUCAGUUUUGAUGUUGUCAGCUGUCAAUUUGGACUACAUUAUAGUUUUGAGAGUUUAGCACAAGCUCGUAGAAUGCUGACCAACAUAUCUGAGUGCUUGAAACCUGAUGGGUAUUUUUUUGGAACUAUUCCUAAUGCUUAUGAAAUAGUGUCACGAGCACAGAAAUCACCUGAUGGAGCUUUUGGAAACAAAAUCUACAAUAUUAAACUGCUGUUUGACCCGAAGGAAGGCUAUCCAUUAUUCGGAGCCAAAUAUGACUUUCAUUUGGAAGGAGUAGUAGACUGUCCUGAGUUCCUGGUCAAUUUUCAAUUGUUUGUUAAACUUGCUGCAGAGUAUGGUUUAGAACUUGUUUACAGCGCUGGGCUUGCAGGUUUUUAUAAAGACCAUUGUGAAAAAUACAAAACACUGAUGAACAGAAUCAUGUGUUUUGAAUGUUAUCCUGCACCAUCCGGCAAAGAACUUAUUGGAGAAGAGACUGAUUAUAAACAUGCUAAAGAACAUUUGGAACAAAUGGAGAAGCCUGAGAGAGAUAUGAUUGGGACUAUGAGCCAGAGGGAAUGGGAAGCUGCAACUAUCUACAUGGCAUUUGCAUUCAAAAAACUGAAGAGUACUUGGGAUGCCAAUGGAAAACCAGUGUAUAGCAAAAGUUCAGCAGAUCAAUCAAAAAAUAAAUGACCAAAAGUUAUGCAUUGACCUAAUUCGGCAUUGAUAUGUAAUGAUUUGUCAUCUUAUUCUACUCAUUUGAUUUCUUGAAAACGCCUACCUUAUCUGAGUUAAAUUUAAAUAUCAUAAAUAAGCAAAAUAUUAAUUAACUAGAUAUUGAUUAUUUAACAUUCAAAACAUGGUGAUAUUAGGUAUAUGGUGCUACUAAGAUCAUCAGUGCCUGACAUGAGAACAAUUAUAAUAUGAUUUUUUUUUUGUAAAAAUAAGCUUCUCCACUACCAUUAUUAUUAUACUCAAAUAAGUAUAUCAGAAGGCAGAAAUUGGUAAAUCUAAAGCUAUUAUAACAUUGUUUACUUAGAUAUGAGAUAAAAAAAAUGUAUUGUAUUGUAUACGGAGCCAUAUCAUGCGGAAAGUACUACUUUUCCGCACUAGUGCUUUUUGUUUUCAAUUUUUUAAUAAUUAAACUUAUUUGACAUUA